AUGCCUCUUUCAUUUGCACAAUAUGUUGCCGACUUUAUCAUACAUAUUCAGGGACAUCCUUCAAGCUCGGCAGCAGGGGAGAUCAACGGUAUCGGAAGUGGCAGGAACAAAGAUCCAGUCCUCCUCGUCGGUCACUCCCUCGGCGGCAUCAUCAGCUUACACUAUACUACCCAGUACCCUGCCACAGUAGCAGGACUUUUACUUCUGAGCGCAGGCCGUUCCUUGAGGAGUAUUCCGCCAGAACAGCAGCGCAUGCGAGAUCUUGCGAGAACAGCACGCGAGAAAGGUAUGGACGAAGUUAGGCAAAUUGCGGUCAUGACCAACUUCCCAGCGUAUCGCGCCAACAACAGUGCCCACGAACAGCAGGUGCGGGACGCUGUGGCCUCGUGCUCAGCUGAGACGUAUGCAUCCACGGCAGAGUUAGUCGCCAGCGACGCCCACCAUGAUCCCGACUACAGUCUGAUCAAGUGUCCGGGGGUGUUCGUGGCUGGUGACCUGGACAUAAUUAGGCCGCCACAGAGGUCAAAGGACAUCAGUAGUCUGGUGGGAGGCCCGUCGGAAGUGGCGAUGGUCAAAAGCGGUCAUCGGAUGAUCCUACAGGAUAUUGAGGGUGUCUCAAAGGCGCUCGUCAGGUUACUUGCAAUGGUAUGA